GCAGGCAGUAUUCGCCUGUUCUCGCGAUUUUUCCAGCAUGUAUACAAACGGAUUCAAAAUGGCUGCCACCUGCUUGAGGAGUGUGGGGAAGCUUGGAAGAAGCAUUGCUCACCUUUCCAAGUGGGGUCCGCGGUACGGAGCAGCACGAUGCAUUAUGUCAGAGGCAGCGGCCGAGAGAGCAGGAGUGAGCGGGGUACUGCACCUUCCUCUCCAGACCUUCACCGAAGAGGAGAACAUGAUGAAGGAAGCAGUCAAGAAGUUUGCCCAAGAACGCAUUGCCCCAUUAGUAUCGAAGAUGGAUGAGAAUUCCACCAUGGAUGCAACUGUAAUAAACGGCCUGUUUGAGCAAGGGCUGAUGGGGAUCGAGAUUGACUCCCAGUAUGGAGGAACCGGCUCAUCUUUUUUUUCCUCCAUCUUGGUGAUUGAGGAGCUGGCAAAGGUGGACCCAUCGGUGGCAGUGCUCUGCGACAUACAAAACACACUGAUCAACACAUUGUUGAUCAAACUGGGCACGGAGGAGCAGAAGGAGGUGUACCUCACCCGACUAGCCAACAACAUGAUUGGUAGUUUCUGCCUGUCAGAGGCAGAGGCUGGCAGUGAUGCUUUCUCAUUGAAAACACGGGCUGAGAAGCACAAGGAUUAUUACGUCAUCAACGGUUCUAAGAUGUGGAUCAGCAAUGCGGAGCAGGCUGGGGUGUUCCUGGUGAUGGCCAAUGCAGAGCCUUCAGCUGCUUACAAAGGCAUUACCUGCUUCAUUGUGGACAGAGACACAGAGGGACUGCACAUCGGGAAGAAGGAGAACAAGCUGGGCCUGCGUGCCUCCAGCACCUGUCCUCUGACCUUUGACAACGUCAAGGUUCCGGAGAAGAAUAUUUUGGGAAAAUUAGGCCAUGGAUACAAAUACGCCAUUGGAAUGCUGAACGAGGGCAGAAUUGGAAUCGCAGCACAGAUGCUGGGAUUGGCUCAGGGCUGUUUUGACAACACUAUUCCCUAUACAAGGCAGAGGGUUCAGUUUGGGAAGCGGAUUUUUGACUUUCAGGGCAUGCAACAUCAAAUAGCACAUGUGGCAACUCAGAUAGAGGCUUCCAGGCUGCUCACCUACAAUGCAACUCGAUUGAAAGAGGCAGGGAGGCCCUUUAUCAAAGAGGCCUGCAUGGCCAAAUACUACUGUGCAGAGGUUGCGGCCCUAACAACAUCAAAAUGUAUUGAAUGGAUGGGAGGGGUUGGAUUCACUAAGGAUUACCCAAUAGAGAAAUACUACAGAGACUGCAAAAUAGGUUCCAUAUAUGAAGGGACCACAAACAUACAGCUGACGACCAUGGCCAAGUUCAUUGAUAAAGAGUUCGACGCCUGAACGCUGACGGGGCCCGGCUUUAGCAACCACUGCUCAAAACUAGAUUUCACAUACUGAUCCAGGGCAAAUAGGCAAACUGAGGUUUGAGUGAGGAAGAUAAGCAGUAGCUGAUUUUAUGACUUUCAUAGAAGUAGUAACUUUUUUGUCGGGACAUACAGUUAUUCUGGUUGUCCACAAGAGAUCACUACAUAGAAUCCAUGGGCCGCUUGCAUUAUGUAAGUAAAAUAAACUGUUUCAUUAUAACUGAUCAUUAUUUCAUGGUAAUGAAUGUGUGUUCUGUAGGUGCAGGUGUCUAUGCCUAUAUCCAUUUCCUCUUUGUGAGCUGUCACUCUUUACAUGCCUUCUGUAUGGCUUGUUGCUUUUUAGUGGGGAAAAAAAUGCCCUAAAUCUAACCAAAAAAAGUUAUAUGCCAAUCAUUUUUUAAAAAGGUAACAAAAAUAAGUCUGUCUUUGUGAUAGGAGCUGCUAAAAUGUUUCUCGCAUAAUACUUUAUAUCUAUCUGUUACACAACCAUAGAGACUGUUCAGAACAGUACUGAAGUUACAGAAGAGCAAAGUGAGGUAAUAAUUGAACUGCAUUGUCCGGAACCCCUUAUACUCUUUUUGUUUAGGUUAAAUAUAACUUAUUUAUGUUCACUCAAUGCCAGUACCAGUCCAAGUGUAACGUUUCCUUCGUGAGUGUAGAUAUUUUCUUGUGCUGUUAAUGGUGCCUCCAGGUCAGUUUUGUGGAACAGUAUUCUAACAGAGCACAUGCUAAACUGACCGCUGAAGAACUAUAGACUUGGUGGACAGUAAAGAUUAUGUUCUUGAUUUUCAAAAUAUUUCACACUUCUUACGCAUUGCUUGUCUAUGAAAUCACUUCCUUAAUUGUGCCUAACUGCACCUAAAGCUCAAGCAAACUAUUUUGAAGUCUUCAAAAAUUUUGAAAGAUGUAAUUGGACUUAAGUAAUCAUGUACAUUGUCUGCUGAAGUAGCAAUGCGUAGAUACAUUUUUUUUUCUCCAGGUUAUGUUAAGCUCUAUCACUCAAGUGUCAAGGCCACUGCAAGGUUUAUUUUGUGGCAUUUGUAUGCCGAAAGUGAGGGAGAGCAGAUAUCGUAACGAUUCGAGAUUUAAACGGCUGGUCUCGGGGGCUGUUGUACGCUCGUUUCCUGAUGCUUGGAGCCGGCCUGGUGGUUCUCUGCUCCGACGCUUGAGUAGUCCUCACCCAGUCUGUAUCUGGAUGAAGAAUCCUCAUCCUGUCCAAGAUGUGUGCACUCACUGUUGCCACAAUCCCAAAGGCCCUCAUGAAGGCAGGUCCACUCCUGCAGUAGGCUUCCUCUAGCUGCAAGGAUCCGUUAAAAACAACAGAAAAUACAUUUAGACUAGUUAUAACGAGAUGUGGCAGAGAUGACAUUUUGUCAAUGGAGUAUGAUCUAAAAACUUUUUAAUACCUUUAAUAGGACCAGCGCUCUGUAAUACAUAUAGGUCAGCUCUACACGGGAAUCAGGAGUUCAGAUGCAGUCAGAUUUUGAACACCUGUCAUAUGAUUGUAAGCACAUAAGCACAAUUGUGACAGCAGUCUUUUCAACACUGAAUCAUAUCAAAUAUUACUUGAAGAGCAUUAGAAUGAAAUAAUGUAUAAUUCUCCUGUAAUAUAGAGUUGCAUAACUGAAAAUAGAAAUUGGGAACAAUUCUUUGUUUUGUUCUUAUUUUCAGUAAAUGAAUGUAACAAGAAGAUAUACAUCAGGAUUUCAGUUUGUUAAACAAACCAUUGGAUGUAUGGUUUAAUAAAGGCUAAAAGAACAA